AUGUUUGCCUUCGACCAAGCCGCACUACCCCAACUUACAACCCGUAAGGCUCUCAUACUGGUUGAUUUUCAAAACGACUUCCUUGAUCCUGUUGACGGCGGACUGCCUGCCACCAAUCCGGAAGGAUUCGUCAAUCGCGCAACUAAGAUAGCAGCCGCUUUUCGCCCAGUGGGAGACGUCAUCUGGGUUCAGUCUCAGUUUGACAAAGCCCGUCCAGUUGAGAGCGACCAGAUUGUGUUGUCUGAGAAUGGGCCCGUAUCCCAGUCUGGACCCGCUCAAAGCCGCAGGAGAAACCUCGUGGCUGAGGCUUCUUCUGAUGAGCCACUGGACAAUGAAGCCUUUCUGAGUCAUGAGGAGCCCCUUUGCGUGAAGCCUUCCCACACGGGAUGCGACAUGCCCCCGGCCGUUGCGGAGGCCGUCCAAAAGAGGGACACGAAAUUGACAAAGUCUUAUUACUCCGCGUUUCAUGGCACGCAGUUGCUGCGCGCCCUUCGCGGUAAGAUGGUCAUGGAAGUCUUCAUCUGCGGCUCCCUGGCCAAUAUUGGCGUCUUCGCCACCGCCAUGGAUGCCGCAGGUCAUGGCAUGGCUAUUACAGUCAUAGAGGAUUGUUGCGGCUAUCGCCUAGAAACUAGGCGGGAUUCAGCUAUAAAAAGCCUCGUCGAACUGACCGGCUGUGAGAUUUUAUCUUCGAAAGAGGUUCUAAGCACUUUACCUUCAACUCCAGCAGUAGUUGAAGAACCCAAGAAAGCACCAAACGCGCCACCCGUCCCGCAAGCAAAAGCAGCUGCUGUCAGUAGUGAUAAAGAUCUUGUACAAUCACUCCUAGAACUCAAGCUGGAUUCUGGCUCAUCUGGCCCUGCUACCACCGUGAAUAAACCAAGCCCGAAGAUUACUCCCAAGACACAAUCUCAAGAUCCCCAGAAGGACAACGAGCGGACGAAGAAGAUGGAUAUGGAGCACAAGACUUCAGUUGAAGCCGGCACGGCGGAACAUGUCGAGCCAGUUGACAGCUCUGUAAACGAAGACGAUUCAUCCUCUCAGCAGAAGCUUUGUGAAGGCGAUGCCGAUGUCAUUCUCAAUGCGUUGUCAAGCGGUUUAGCGGAUGAAGCUUUUGAGAAGCUUGAAAAAGAGGUGGUUUGGCAAAGGAUGUCACACCAGGGUGGCGAGGUUCCUCGACUUGUCGCCGUCCAAGGCGAGGUGAGCGAAGAUGGCACCAUGCCAGUCUAUCGUCAUCCCGCUGACGAAUCUCCACCACUGCUUCCAUUCUCUCCAACUGUUAGGACCAUCAAGGAUGAGAUAGAGAAGCAUCUCGGCCAUCCCCUGAAUCACGUCCUCAUUCAAUUUUACCGUGACGGAAACGACUACAUUUCUGAGCAUAGCGAUAAAACCCUGGAUAUUGUUCAGGGUUCGUACAUCGCCAACGUCAGUCUUGGGGCGGAAAGAACCAUGACUCUCAGAACUAAGAGGCAGGAGAAAGAUUCUGUGGGAGUGGUAUCAAAUGAUGCAAAACGCAAAAUCGAACGUGCCAAACUCCCACACAACUCGCUCUUCCGGAUGGGCUUGCAGACAAAUAUGAAAUGGCUGCAUGCCAUCCGACGAGACAAACGCGCAGACCGUGACAGGUCACCGGCUGAGCUGGCUUAUUCAGGGCGUCGGAUAUCUCUCACAUUCAGGCAGAUUGGCACAUUUCUCGAUCGUGAGGAGACUAUUAUCUGGGGCCAAGGAGCAACUGGCAAGACUCGCGACACUGCGCAUGCCAUAAAGAAUGGCCAGAGCCCCGAUGCUGUGAAGAUGAUUCAGGCGUUUGGUAUGGAAAACCAUUCGUCGGAUUUCGAUUGGCAGGCGCAUUACGGCGGUGGCUUCGACGUGUUGCAUAUUAGCAACUCUCCAAGAUUCUUCGCCUCUGCGGAUCCUGUAGUCAAUAUGCGCAUUGUGCUUAUGCUGGCCGAGUUUGGUAUUCAAUUUGCCAAGGGCAGCAUGGCUUCUGGCAACGAUCUCCCCAGCGGCAAUCAACACAAUCUUCCAGCGUUCUGGUCUACGCCCGUAAAAUUUGUUGAUAACGACGCCGCUAGAUCCGUCGUUCAGGGGGACAUCGCCAUUAUGCUAUACCUGCACUCCCGCUACGGGCAUGGGCAUACUACUGAAGCAGGUCCCGCUCCUCAAGGUCCAGAAAAGCUCGCGAGGCUAUAUAGUCAGAUGCAACAAGGGUUGAAUCUACUACACGCCUGGCGGCAACUGAGGAGCGAUGGUGAUGCUAACAGUCGAGCACUGCCCGGCAAGAUGAAGCAAGAGCUCGCUGUCUGGGACGAAUACAUCGUCGACAACUUGAAACAAAAACGUCCUCCAUAUCUUUGCGAGGACAAGUUGACCCUUCCCGACUUUGCCGUAUGGCCAGUCUUGUAUUCCAUCGUAGAAGAAUAUGGCCCAGAAGUAACAUUCAAAGGUCUGGAUGGAUUACGAACAUACUAUGAGACUGUUCGACAGCUGGACACUGUUGCCACGGCUUUAGGAAAUCGAUAA